GGGUGAAAACAAUAUGGCGGAUGGCGAGGAGCCGGAGAAGAAAAGAAGGAGAAUAGAGGAGCUGCUGGCUGAGAAAAUGGCUGUUGAUGGUGGGUGUGGGGACUCUGGAGACUGGGAAGGUCGCUGGAACCAUGUAAAGAAAUUCCUCGAGCGAUCUGGACCCUUCACACACCCUGAUUUCGAACCCAGCACUGAAUCUCUCCAGUUUUUGUUAGAAACAUGUAAAGUUCUAGUCAUUGGAGCUGGUGGCUUAGGAUGUGAGCUCCUGAAAAACCUGGCAUUGUCUGGUUUUAGACAGAUUCAUGUUAUAGACAUGGACACUAUAGAUGUUUCCAAUCUAAAUAGACAAUUUUUGUUUAGGCCCAAAGAUGUUGGAAGACCGAAGGCGGAAGUUGCAGCAGAAUUUCUAAAUGACAGAAUCCCUAACUGCAGUGUAGUUCCACAUUUCAACAAGAUUCAAGAUUUUGAUGACAGUUUUUAUCGACAAUUUCAUAUUAUUGUUUGUGGACUGGACUCUGUCAUUGCCAGAAGAUGGAUAAAUGGCAUGCUGAUAUCUCUUCUAAAUUAUGAAGAUGGCGUGUUAGACCCAAGCUCCAUAAUCCCUUUGAUAGAUGGAGGGACUGAAGGCUUUAAAGGAAAUGCCAGAGUGAUUCUGCCUGGAAUGACAGCUUGUAUUGAGUGUACACUGGAACUUUAUCCACCACAGGUUAAUUUUCCCAUGUGCACCAUUGCAUCUAUGCCCAGGCUUCCAGAGCACUGUGUUGAGUAUGUGAGAGUGCUGCAGUGGCCCAAGGAGCAGCCUUUUGGAGAAGGUGUUCCUUUAGAUGGAGAUGAUCCUGAUCAUAUUCAGUGGAUUUUCCAAAAAUCCCUUGAGAGAGCAUCACAAUAUAAUAUUAGGGGUAUUACAUACAGACUCACUCAAGGGGUUAUAAAACGAAUCAUUCCUGCAGUAGCUUCCACAAAUGCAGUUAUUGCAGCUGUGUGUGCCACUGAGGUUUUUAAAAUAGCAACAAGUGCAUACAUUCCCCUUAAUAAUUACUUGGUAUUCAAUGAUGUCGAUGGACUGUACACAUAUACAUUUGAAGCAGAGAGAAAAGAAAAUUGCCCGGCUUGUAGCCAGCUUCCUCAAAAUAUUCAGUUUUCUCCAUCGGCAAAACUACAGGAGGUUUUGGAUUAUCUAACGAAUAGUGCUUCUCUGCAGAUGAAGUCACCAGCCAUUACAGCCACAUUAGAGGGAAAAAAUAGGACACUUUAUUUACAGUCAGUAACCUCUAUCGAAGAACGAACAAGGCCAAAUCUCUCCAAGACAUUGAAAGAAUUGGGACUCAUUGACGGGCAAGAACUGGCAGUUGCCGAUAUUACAACACCACAGACUGUUCUAUUCAAACUUCAUUUCACUUAAGGAAAAUAAAUCUGCACAAAAUAGCAAACCCAAGGAAAUACUACACUUUGUGGAUGCUAAGAAAUUGAAUGUAAAUUUUAGCAUUAGUGUUGCUGGAACUUGAACCUUUUUUUCUUUUUAAUAUCACAGACCACUCUUUUUUAAACUUUAUAACUUUACCUUGAAGGCAGAAUUUUGGAGCUAGUGCCUGUAAGCAUU